ACGACCACCAUGGGGCUACGUGUGGCUGGAAUCAUUUGUAUUACUUCUUUUCUCCUUGGAAUUCUUUUCGUGCACUGGAUCGCAGACUCGUUAACUCUAUGGAAGCCAUCAGUUACGAAUGAGAACAUAUGGACGGCUGCUACAUACUAUUCACUCUUUGCACGAGCGCCGUCUGAGAUGGGCUAUGCACUUGCAACGAUCGUGACGCUCGGUGCUGCGACUAUUCUAUGGAGCUUUGGUGACGGAGCUGCGGGAAACCUGAUGUUUGAUGGUGCAAGUAUAUUUUUGUAUGGCACUGCAAUCUCCGUGUAUUUGUACAAGAUCAUCCCGACUUUUGAUGGGAUCUUUUCAACAGUCCCAACGUCCGUUCAUAAUGGUCUUACAAACGUCCUAAAAUCCGAAGUCCUCAACUUCGCAACCGCGAACCUGGUAUGCAGUGUUUCGCUCACGGGCGUCAUGGCACUGCAAGCUGCACGAUGGUGGGCAGAGCGUGCUGAUGCCGAAGACAGUGAGGAGGGAGUAUCUAGGAGCCCAACACAGCGUCGCUCGCCCCGGAGGGUCAAGCGACGGGAAAAUACCGCUAGUCGGCUGACCUCCAAGGCCAGCAGGCAAAGCAGGCACGCAGACGUGCGAUCCUGAAUGGAGACGUAAAAAACGACGCACUGCCAAGACAUUGGUUUCUUUCGUUGGCUCACUUUUCCCUUUCGGAUUCUUCGUACUUACCUAUCUAUUGAAUGAGCUCUGCGGUUUUAUGAUGUAUUAGUUAAUCGUCCCUCUCUGAUCGCUCCCGUGCCUUGAUGAAU